AUGGACUUAUAAAUAAAAAAGUUAACAACCGUGAUUAAUUAGUUAUCCAAUAAACUGGAGCAGUUGUAGGUCAUCCAGAAUUUUGAGUAUAAACAAAUAUCAGAUGUAAGGAAACUUUUAUUAGAAAUCAAUCAAGUCAACGCUGAAAUAUGUCUACUCAUCUAGUCUGUGAUAAGUAUUGAUGUAAGCCAAUUAAUGGACAAGAUCUUCAUGUGUCUCCAAAAUCUAUUGGUUCAUGUUUUGAAGAGCAGAGAACAAUUGAAUUCCAAGAAAAUACAUUAAAAGUCUUCAUCCAUUUAAUUAGUUGAUGCGUGUGUCCAAAACCAAACGACACAACAAAGUCUAUUGGGAGGAGUAUAUGUUUCAAAGUAAGGAAAUCCCUCCUUGAAGGUCAAAAAUAUUACACAAGUACCUUGGUAUGAUACAUCUCAAGUGAUCCAUGUUCCAAAGAAGUCUGUUGAUAAAUACACUUGUACGACUGAGGAUUAUUAUUUAAACUGUUCAAAGGCAAUAUCGGACUCUGGUAAGAGAGAAUUGGAGUUUGAGAGCAUCCUCUAAUUUGCAAAUGAAUCAAUUGCCCUUAUGGGAGAGGCAUUAUAGAAUAAAAUACUGCGAGAUUACAAGGAGAAAGGGAAACCAGAAGAACUGGAGAAAUUGAUGAAUGCUAUCAAAUUUAAAAAGGAUGAUUUGGAACAUAUUAUAAAAGGUGUUGAUUUAGAGUUAUUGAAGGAUAAAGUUGAAAAUUAUGAAUUUGUUGAAUCAGAAAUUAAAAAUCAUAUCAUAUAAGUAUAAAAAGAGACAGCAGAGAGAGUGUUUCUAUAUUGUAAAUAAUUAUUCAAGGAACAAAUUAAAAAGGGCAAAUAUCAAUUACAAGAUUAAUUGAACAGAUAGAAUACCUUUUCAAAAGGGGAUGAGUGUAGAUGUUCAAUUUAUGUUGGGGAGAUCGUGUCUCUCUAGAACAAGACUGAAUCUUAGUCUUAAUUGAUUAACAAAUAAGUUGGGGAUCUGAAAGAAAAGGAUAGAGUAAUUUAAGAUUUGGAAUUGUAAAUGAAGUUAAUUGAUGGUCAAUUGAAGUAGAAUUUAUUAGAGAAGUAAGACUUGAAAUAAAAAAUCGAUUCCUAAUAAAAUAUAUAACGAAGAGGGUCAAUACUGCAAAGACAAUCUAGUUUCAUGAAGAAUAUCCAAUAAGGUGAUGAGUAGAAUUAAGAUUAACAAUAAUCAUCAAUCAGUCCAAAUAGAAAAAUGUCAAGAGAGGAGAAAAUUCCAUUGAAUAGGAAUACAAAAUCCCAGAUUUCAUUGCCAUUCUAAUAAAUAGUUGAGAAUUUGGAUGAUGACUAAAUUAGCACUAUAAUUUAGAAGGAUAAGAUGCUAGAGAGAUUGAUUGUACUUACUAAUGCCUUGGAUAAAGUAAAUAAAGACAGAAGAUUAUCACAACUACAAUAUGUAGUGGAACAAAAAGGAAAUAGACAAUUGACAGAUCUGCUUGAUUUAAUUAAGGAUAUUGAAGAGAAUGACCUAUAAUUUAAAGAUACAAAGUCAUUCUGUCAUAGUCAACAAGAUUUUGAUGAUUCUCGAUCUCCUAUUAACGUGCCUAAACACUAUCAUUCCCAACAUAUCGUGGAUUAAGGAGAAGCACCUCCAAGAUAAAAGUUUUAAUCCACUCGGGAAUUGAAUUCUCCAAGAGUCUCACAUUUAGAGUAAAUCAAAGAAAUUGAUGAGAACAAACACAUUCUCCUUAUUCCCAUAGAGCAGAAAGUUGCUUAAAGGAAGCAAUCGAAAAACACAAGCCAAUCUAGUUUUAAUGAUAGCAAUCAAUAACUUGAUGAUGCAUCACCUGAGAGUAAAUAGAAACACAGGGUAACAAGAGCAUAAUCGAAUAAUAAUCAAAAGAUAUUUGAAAAUAAAACUGAAAAAGUCAAAAGGACUAGUUCAAUCAAAUUAAAAAUCAACAGAAAAAUCUCAAAUCAAAAUACAUCAAAUGAUAUUCUCUCGAAUCCUUAUGGAGCUUCAACUGCUUUACCAAUUAAUUCAGGUAGUUUAACAGAAAGAUUGCCUUUGCGACAAGGUACAUAAUAGGAUGAUCAAUUCAAAUUUGAAAAAAACAUUGAAAACGAUGAAACAUAAAUGAAGUCUUCUACAAACAAUCACAGUCUUCAUGAUAAACCUUAUCACAAUUAAUUAUAAUCAGGUUCAACUACUUAACAUCAUACUCCUAAUAAUUCUUCUCGAUUAACCAAAUUGAAAUCGAUUAAUUAAAAUAGUGAUAACAUUUCAUCUAAAUAUGCAUCUAACUAAAAGAGCAUCGCUGAAAAUAGUGUUUAAAAUGCAAUACAGAACCUUUAAUAAACCAAAUUUCAAGAUAUGCAAAGCUAGCCUUAAGAAAUAUUCCAAAUUCAAGAAGAAAAUGAUAAAUUAAUUAAAAAGUAAUCCCUAGCCACUCAUAACAAUAAUAAUGGUGCCUAAUUAAAGUAAACUUCGUUGUAGAAUAAUUAAGUGUAGCAAUCAUCAUAAAGAGAAUCUACAUCCAUUAAUUUAAACAUCAUCAAUGAAAAUAAAAGACCUUAGAAAACUAAUCAAUAUACAAACAAUCCUAAUUUCGAUGACACUAAUGGCGAAUCUAGUAAUAGAUCACAAAGAAAAAUGAGUCGAUAAAAUAUGUCUCCUAAUUCCAAUUACAAGACUGUAGGAAAUGAACCAGCGAAUGUCCAAUCUUACAAGUAAUCACUUCUCGAUCGAUUGACCUAAUAGAAUGAUUUGAAACCGUAAAUUACUAAUCAUAAAACUCAGACCUGUAUUGAAAAUUUAGAAUCCAAAAAGUAAGAUGCGUUUAUUAAAGAUUAUAUUAAAAAGUAAAAAGAAGAUUUCGAGAAGAAACAGAAGGAAGAACGAGUGAUGUUUGAUUAAACCCUGUUCGAUAUUGCUGAACAAUAGGAAGAACAAAUCAUUAAAUAUGCACUUAAUAAUACUUAAGGCUAUAUGAUCUCCCAAGAUAUUAAUGAUUCUAUUGUUAAAUAGAUGUAUUAAAACUUAAAAGAUAAUGGAACACAGAUCACCUAAACGAUCAAUAAAUUUUAUCAAAAACAAGAAAAUUAAAAUAUUGAUUUCUAAGAUUUUCAAAAUUUUGUCUCUAAAUUCCAAAAUCUGCAUAAAAGAUGUGGAAAAGAUUGCAUUCAUGUCACUAGAUUUUACAUGAGAUUAGGAUUUAUACCGAUUAAAUAUUUGAAUAAAAGAAAAGCAAUGAGAUUAGCAAAACCAGUUGUAUUACCAGGUUUCCCUAAAGUAACUUGA